CGGACCCCAAGUGGAGGGAGAGAGGAGCUAGGAGAAGAAGGCGGAGGCGGUGACAACGACGCGGGCGAACGGGGGCCGGCGCGCCACCAAGAGCGCGCGGAGCGCCUCAGCCCCCGCUCCCUCCGUGCUCUGGCCCGCAGCCCCAUCAGGAGGGCUGCCUUAGCAUAGAUCAUGAGCAGGUAAUGUACAGGGAGUGUGACUGGGAAUCAUGUCGGACGAGUCAGUCUCAGGGAGUGAUCCAGAUGUGGACCCAGACUUGGAGCAGGAGGAUAUGGAAGAGGAGGAGGAGGAGGAAGAGGAGGAUGAAGCGAUGGAAGAGGACAAUGAUGGGGAUGAUGAGGAAGACCUACUUGAUGAGAAUGACCAGUCCCAUGAAGCAGUGUUCGGCAGUGAUCUCAUUCAACAUGGUGAAGAUGGGGAAUGGCAGCGCUCUACUUCAACUACCUCAUCUCAGAGUGAACAGGCAGAGAAACCGUUGCAGAAUCAGCACAAGAGCUUGUCCUCUGAGGACACCAAAAAGAAGAGGGCUCAAAAGCCUUCUCACAUGAGGAGGAACAUAAGAAAGCUGCUGCGGGAGGACCAGUUGGAGGCUGUGACAAAAGCAGCUCAGCAGGAGGAGUUGGAAAGAAGGAAGCGGCUUGAACAGCAAAGGAAGGAAUAUCAAGUCAGCAUUCCCACAGUUCCUCUCGAGUUUCUUCCUGAGGAGAUUGCUUUACGAACUGCAGAGGUUGCUCAGCUUCCUCCUCAAGUGUUAGCUGAAGAAGUCAUCUGCUUGGACAGCACCAGCAGCGGUAGCGAAGAUGACUCUAAAGGAAGACUCCAUAGCAUUAAAGAUGAAGUGAUAGAAUUAAGUUCAGGAGAAGAUGAAGCUCUCCAGAUUGUAGACAGCAGUGAUUCUGGCAAUGAAGGGGAUGAAGAUAAUACUGAAGAAAGCAGUGGUGCUCAUGUGAAUGAUGCUCUAAAUCAGUUAGAUGCUUCAGGGCAAGUAAUUAUCAAUAUCAACCAUCCGCCAAAUGAAGAGGACAUUUACCUGGCUCCUCAACUUGCACAGGCAGUGAAGCCCCACCAGAUUGGCGGUAUCCGAUUUCUGUAUGAUAAUCUAGUGGAGUCCCUGGACAGAUUUAAAACAAGCAGUGGGUUUGGCUGUAUCUUAGCUCAUAGCAUGGGGCUGGGCAAGACUCUCCAGGUCAUCUCUUUUUUGGAUGUACUUUUCCGGCACAUCGAGGCAAAGACUGUCUUGGCCAUUGUACCUGUAAACACCCUUCAGAACUGGCUUGCAGAGUUUAAUAUGUGGCUUCCACCACCAGAAGCCCUUCCUGCUGACUAUGACCCAAAAAAGAUUCAGCCUCGCACCUUUAAAGUCCAUAUAUUGAAUGAUGAACACAAGACCACAGCAGCACGUGCCAAAGUGGUAACUGACUGGGUGACAGAUGGUGGUGUGUUGCUGAUGGGCUAUGAGAUGUACCGUCUUCUUUCACUGAAGAAAUCCUUUGCCACAGGCAGAAAGAAGAAAAGCAAAAAACAGACUGGUCCUGUCAUUAUUGAUUUGGAUGAAGAGGAUCGUCAGCAGGAGCUCUUGAAAGGAAUUGAGAAGGCGUUAUCCCGCCCUGGGCCAGAUGUGGUCAUCUGUGAUGAGGGUCACCGGAUAAAGAAUUGCCAUGCUAGCACCUCUCAGGCCUUGAAAAACAUUCGAUCCCGGCGGCGGGUGGUACUGACUGGCUAUCCUCUGCAAAACAACCUAAUUGAGUACUGGUGUAUGGUGGACUUUGUCCGUCCUGAUUUCCUUGGUACACGGCAGGAGUUCAGUAAUAUGUUUGAGCGCCCCAUCCUUAAUGGACAGUGUAUUGACAGCACUCCUCAGGAUGUUCGUCUCAUGCGGUAUCGCAGUCAUGUCCUGCAUAGCCUGCUGGAGGGCUUUGUGCAAAGGCGAGGACAUAAUGUGCUGAAAGCCCAGCUUCCGUAUAAGGAAGAGCAUGUCAUCUUGGUGCGUUUGUCAAAGAUCCAGCGGGCCCUCUACACUGAGUUCAUGAACCGGUUUCGUGAUGCAGGGAACAGUGGCUGGCUGGGGCUGAAUCCACUCAAGGCUUUCUGUGUCUGUUGUAAGAUUUGGAAUCACCCUGACGUCCUUUAUGAAGCACUGCAGAAAGAGAAUUUGGCAAAUGAACAAGACCUGGAUGUGGAUGACCUUGGCACAGGUGGCACCAAUUCACGCUGUCAGUCACAGGGAAUGAAAGUGAAAACGGAGAGCAAUGCUUUGGCAUCACCAGUUGGGGAGGCUACAAACAGCAAAUACAUUCAGGGCAUUGGCUUCAAUCCCUUUCAGGAAAGAGCCAAUCAGGUUGUAACCUAUGAGUGGGCUAAAGACAUCCUUUGUGAUUACCAGACAGGCGUCUUGCAAAAUUCACCUAAGAUGGUGUUGCUUUUUCAUCUGGUGGAGGAAAGCGUGAAACUAGGAGACAAAAUAUUGGUCUUCAGCCAAAGCCUCUCCACAUUGUCUGUCAUUGAGGAUUUUUUGGCAAAGAGACCAGUGCCUUCUCCCCCAGGCGUGGAUGCACAAGGAAUCCAUAACUGGGUUCGAAAUGUCAAUUAUUAUCGCCUGGAUGGUAGCACUUCAGCCUCAGAAAGAGAACGGCUAAUUAACCAGUUCAAUGAUCCCAGCAACACUUCUGUUUGUCUCUUCCUCCUUUCCACACGGGCUGGGUGUUUGGGUGUGAACCUUAUUGGUGCAAACAGAGUGGUAGUGUUCGAUGCUUCUUGGAACCCUUGCCACGAUGCACAGGCAGUAUGUCGGGUAUAUCGCUAUGGACAGAAUAAGCCUUGCCACAUCUAUCGACUAGUUUCUGAUUUCACCUUGGAGAAGAAAAUCUAUGACCGCCAGAUCUCCAAGCAAGGGAUGUCAGAUCGUGUUGUAGAUGACUUGAAUCCAGUGUUGAACUUUACCCGGAGAGAGGUGGAGAACUUGUUGCACUUUGUGGAAGAGGAGCCUGAACCUGCCCAGCUUUCAUUCAACCCUGGGAAGAUAAAGGAAUCUGUGUUGCAGCUGGCCUGUCUCAAGUAUCCUCACCUCAUCACCAAGGAGCCUUUCCAGCAUGAGUCACUGCUGAUUGACCGUAAGGAACACAAACUCACCAAGGCAGAGAAGAAAGCAGCCAAGAAGAGCUAUGAGGAAGAGAAACGUGCAUCCGUCCCUUACACCCGUCCAUCUUAUGCUCAGUAUUACCCUGCCACUGACCAGAAUCUAACAAACAUACCAGCCUUCAGUCAGAGGAACUGGCGACCAAGCCUCAAAGGUGAGGACAGGCCAGUGGCAAGUGUACGUCCUGUUCAGUCCACCCCCAUUCCUAUGAUGCCUCGCCAUGUCCCCUUGGGCAGUAUGGGAUCAGCUUCUGUUUCCAAUCCUGCUAUCAACUUUCCCAUCAAUUACCUGCAGCGAGCUGGUGUUCUCGUGCAGAAGAUCGUCACCACGACAGAUAUAGUGAUUCCAGGUACAAAUACUUCCACUGAUGUGCAGGCAAGAAUCAGUGCUGGAGAGAGCAUCCACAUUAUCCGUGGGACAAAAGGGACGUACAUCCGCACCAGUGAUGGACGGAUCUUUGCUAUCCGGACCACUGGCAAGCCAAAGGGCAACGACGAUCACCGCAUGGUUGCCUCAGGAUCCCAGGGCCCAUCUCUCGAAUCCACAAGCAAUGGUAGACACAAUGCCUCAUCGCCCAAACUGCCCAACACAGAGGAACUCACCCGGCCCAUCUCCCCUGACAGCCCUGAAAUCAUCAGUGAACUCCAACAGUAUGCAGAGGCGGCGGCUGCCCGUGAGUCCAGACACAACUCUCCUAGCACCAACACUGCACCUGGACACCCCACCCGGAAAGACAGUGCGGCCCCCUCAGCAGCUCGUGGAACUGAGCAACGAGCAGGGACCCAUGGUUUGGCUUCCUCCUCCUCCUCCUCCUCCUCUUCCUCCUCCUCCUCGGCCCUGCCAGCCACCAGCCAGCUUGCUGACAGCCACUCAGUGCUAGACUUACGAGGGAACAAGCGCAAGUCGACGUCGCCAGCUGGCCCAGAGGAGCAAGCCCAUCGGCAGCAGAAGAAGCGCUCGCUGCCAGCCGCGGUGCAGCCAUAUGGAAGUGGGUACCCUGUCUCUGGAGUUGAAAACCGAGGGGUUCUGAGCAAACUUCUGGACAACUUGUCUUUGGAUGCACCAUGGGAAUAAAAAAAAAAACAAACUCAAUCCCCCACAAAAAUAACAAAGCAAAUUAACUGAUGGUGUCCAUUCGCGUUUCUCCAAAGACUUGGCCAUGGUACGUCUGUGAAUCAUGCCCUUUUGUGAUUUGUAUGUGUCAACCUCAUACAAAAGAUGAUGACACUGAUUGUACUGUAAAAUCACUCAGCUGUCUUUUGCAACCCUUUAAGUGGACUUGGGGACUGGAUCUAGGCAAGAAGGUAUGUUCUUGCUUGAGCAGCAAGGAUUCAAAGCUUCUGAAGCCUAAGCAAUUUUUGGAGAAGAAUAUUGUAGUUUUAGGCAGAUUCCUCAGUCUUCAGUGUGUGUUGUUUCUGGCAGCAUAGCUGAUAAAAAACUGAGACAUCCUACUAGCUUUUGUCUUGGCUUUAAUGGAGUAGCGGACUUCACAAGACAGGCUAAUGUCUUUUGGAUGCUGUAUCUCUUACUUCAAACAGUGCUUUUUCCUGAUUCUCUUGCUCCUUUUGAAGAAUGUACAAAGAUUCCAGAGGAGUCACCAGCCUAAGCAGGUGAUUAGCACGUCCUCACUCUAAUGGGUGGGAUGUUCAAUUAGGGAAGUAGAUACAUCUGGGAUUAAGUAAACUAGGCUCUGUAACCACCUUUAAAAUAGGAAUGCCAGAUAAGGCAUUUUAGCUGUUAGCAGUAGGAAAUGGUGUGCACCAGUUAUUUACUACUCUGGCCACUGGAUGGCAGUGUUGCAUCACAUGGAUUAUUUAGGUUUAAAAAUACCUUAUUUUGAAAAACUGGCUUUUGUACUUGGUUAAAAGAACUAUGAAAAUGUUGAGUCUGUCUGUGCACAUCUCUUUCUCUUGCUCUGUCUCUCUCCCUCUGUCUGUCUGUCUUUUAACUAACUGUCUUAUGUUAGCGGAAAGUUUGAUAAUGAAUUUACUCCACUGACAGACUCCGCUCCACCUCCCUGUCUCUCUUUCUCUAAUACCUUCUGUUAGACCAACCACUUUUGGUGACUUUGGAGAGAAGUAUAUUUGUUGGGAUAGAUGCCUGUACUUCAGCAAGUGCCUGAGCUGGGUCUCUUUCCCACCCAUAGGGAUUUAAACCAACUUGUCCCCCAGAGAUUGAAAUGGUCAUUUCCCAGCACUUGCCGAAAGAGACUCCCAUUAGCCUUGGGAAUGAAGAUGACAUCCUUCUGCUCUGCAACCUUGUUGUUCCUCGAGGGCACAGAACACCCACCUUCCCUCCUGCUCGCCAGGUGUUAAACAUCCCCUCAGAAGCUGUGGUUUCUAGCAGCAAAGAGGUGGCCGCUGUGCCUUGUCUGUGGAGGGCAGAGAAUGCUUGAGUGGGGCUGGGUCAGAAGAACAAAGUAGUUUAAAGAGGAGCAAGUCAGAAAGGCCCCUUUCUUGAUGCAGCUAAAAUCCCAAGGGAUGGAGUGGCCAUUUAGAAGCAGCACAUAUUGUUUGCAUUGUGGGUAGAUACCUGAAUCUAACCAUAGCCACUGGCAUUCCUGUUCCCCUUAUCUCUGAUACCAUUUCUUUCUCGUGCUGGCUCAGAGUUAAAUUCCUGAAGCUAAUUCCGAUGGGCUCUCUCUGAGCCUGUGUGACUUGCACUGCUAAAUUUCAGACUACAAAAGAGUUAAAGAAAGUCAUUUAUGGUAUCCAGACUUAAAAGAUGCUAACAUGCAGCUGAGGUAUCCAGGUGCAUUUGGCUGAAGCCUUGGACUGCUUAGGGACGUUCUUGCAUAAUACCCCAGGAGCUGUGAAUAUUUGUGUAAUCUCUGGGCUACCUUUGGCAGGCCAUACUAUUCACUGCAAGGUGAUUCCUACAUACUGUAGUACUUCUCCAGCAUCUCUACAGCAACAGAACGAGUUCAAGUGGUACAGAAUGAAACUUGACCUCCCUUAAUAACUGCUUAGAGGAAAGAGGUGACCUUAAACUGUGACAUUUCCUGGACCUUGAUAGAACACUCUUCAGUUCUGCUCAGCUUUGGGCAGCAUAUAAUUUAGAACUGACCAAGAUUUGUGUGGACAUACAUUGCCUUUGAUGAAGUAGCUUUCAUUCAUUUGGUGGACACAGAACCAGGCAGUCUCUCCCCAGCCAUGGUAAGAAUUAUGUGCGUGCAUGUAUGUUAAUUUCUGGGUUCUGUCUCUUUGCCACAUGCAGUUAUGACCAAGAGAUGGAAACUGGGGUGGAUUAUGCCAAAUGAAGGCAGGCUUGGUACUCAGUGGGUUCUAUAGAGCUCUAUAGGACAAAGUUAAAUGGGCUGCAGUCUGGGGAGACAGUACCUGACUGUAGCCCCAGGCAAAGCUGUCAGGUGUUCCUGCAAUAUACAGGCACCAUAUCUCUAGUUUCAGAGAAAGCUGCCUCAUAUUUUGCUAUGGGAAUUGAAUAAUAUGAGUGCAAAAGUCAGUAACAUCCUACCUGUGUUUGCACUGCAAUCUUGGUUUAGGCACUGUAGAUGUAAUCACUAAAUGAGAUACAUUUAUAAUGUAUGGCCCCAUUAAACAGAGAGAAGUAUACAUUACUAGAUUCACAAAAUUCUCUUGUUUGCUUUCUUUUAACACCAAAACCAUAUUGAGCCAAGAUAGUUGAUUUACAAGUGAAAGGGCAUUUAGUCCUUGUAGGAAUGUCUGAUCUAGAAAGCAGAUUCUCUGAAAAGCAGGGAAGAUGCUGUAAGUUCAGGGAGGAUCAGCAAAGAAUGGGAAAAGUGGGGUAAGGAGCUGGUGGAGGAGGGGGGAAUCUUUCCUUCUUGAGCUCUUUAUUGACACAAGACCACUAACAGCUGCCCACAGCUGCAUUGCUUGUUGGGUCCUAUAUUAUUAGCUUCCCAGCUUGUGUUCUCUUGUCCCUCCAUUAAAUCCAUUUGUACAGGGGAGCUGAGUGAAUCCAAUGAAUUUCUUGGUUUUUGUUCUGCCUUUAGUUUGUGGCCUGUCUAUGUGACUGAAAAAAGGCAUUUCUGUAGCAGGGUCAGUGGGUCGGCUGGUUGCACGCAUGGGUUAUGUGCUUCCCUCAUCUCUCUGUCUAAUGGGAUGUGCUCACCUGAUCUCCCAGAACAGAGACAUUGAACAAUUUUGUUGUUUAUAUGAUGUAUUUAUUUUUACUUGUGUUUCAUGUCAUUUUUUAAAAAAAUAAUAAAUUGUAAGUUGGUAUAAUGCCUAUCAAUUCUCUCUCCUUUUUUAAAAAAAUAAACUUCAAAUGUUACAAAUAGU